GCUAGGGUUUCGGGCGGGGCGUCCCCUUUGUCGCCGGCGAGGCUCUGGCGGCCUACGGUGGCUGGUCCCACCCACGUGUGGCUCUGUAUCAUGGACGUUCCUCCCGCGCCCGACGGCCACGGGUGGUCGUGGCGACGGCCUCUUCAACGGCGUCGCCGGACUAGCUCCACGCGUGGGGAAGGCAUCUCUGCGGGUUCCCCAAGGUGAGUGCGAUGCCAAGGAGAGACAGCAUCGAGGAAGGCAUCCUAGGACAUCAUCAUGCUCAACGGCUUCGCCCCCAUCAUCAUCGAGUUCUUUGGUUACGCCGCAAACAGGUGUGCGACCAGCCAGCAACCAGCGGCGCCAUCUCUAUUCCCUGACACUGGAUAAUGGCAUGGCUAAUGGCCUAUGCGCGGUGCGCCCGUCAGUGCCCGUGCUCCCAGGCCGGUGCGGCCGUUACAGCUGCUUGCUCAAGGCGGCGUGCUGACUGCCUGGUUCGUGACCUUGAUUUUUCAUAGAGAUAUAGUAGAAUCAGAUAUAGUGCGAGAAGCCAAUGGUAUUGCAAUGAGAUCUCAUAAUCUCCCUGAGGAAAGGGAGAAGGCAUUAUCCAUUAGUAGAUCACUAGUAAAUGUUAGAACUGCCGCAUUGAAUAAUAGCAACAGUGCUGGUGAACGUAUAAAGGAUCAAAUAGUGCAAACACUGACUGAAGCUGGUGGUCAGGUUGAUUAUGUUGAGGCUCACCGUGGUGUUCGGGCUGCUUGCCAUGCCGGCCGGAACGCCCAUACACGUGUUCAAGAACCUCCGGUGUGCGGCGACUGCCAUGCCGCAAUCAAGAUGGUCGCCAAGGUGUACAACAGAGAGACGACACGGCCAUGCCAUGAAGGUUGCAGAGCACAGUGA